UGAUUCAUUCUCCUCAUUUUCAGACUUCAGAGUUCAGAGGCCCUCGACCAGUCUUUCUUUACCUUCCCUCAAAAUCGACAACCCAGCAACGAUUUCCGCCGUCUGGGCGGGCGACGCGUCCCACCUCUCUCCCUCUCGCGUCUCCGCCGUCCGGCGACGAUUUCCCCUAGGUAUAUGAAUUGGAACAAGAUUGAUUCUCACCCUGAGUUAUCAAGGAUUAGUCGAGUUGAGCCGGGAUACUUGAGUAACCUGAGAGUUAUGAAAAAAAGAGAGUUUGUUUCUGUAAAUUUGCCCCAUAGGAUAUUUCCUCCAAACAUUUUGCCCUUAUACCCCAACCAAAUUACAAGUGUUGCUCUUUCCACUUUCCCCUUUCCAGUCACUUUUUCCUCUCUCUCUCUCUCUCUCUCUCUCUCUCCGAAAAAAAUUGCAGAAUGGAGGAGAACUCACCCUUUGAAGGAAAAAUCUAGGAAACCCUCGAAUCUCAAUCACCACAGCCGACGAGCUGGAAUUGUACUUGGAUCAGAGUCAUCAGACCCGUUUACAGAUUUCACCUUCACCAGAAGACAGCUAUUUCUUGGCUUGGACGCUUCAUAUCAGCAGUCAUUUUGGGAAUUAUUAGCCAUGUACCUUCACCGGGUCAUCAGUUUCUAGUUCUUCAAUAUUGCUUUAUUGAUUGAGACAAUCUGUUGUGGUUGCUGUUACACUCCAGCGCUGAAGCCAUUAAUAAACAUCCAAGACUUAUCAUGCUAACUGCUUCGCAUUUUCAUCCAAUCUGCUACUUCUCUGACAGGAAAAGCACUAUUACACACAUUGGCUUGAGAAAAUCGAAAAUCCCAUAUUCUUCUCAUCUUGCUAGAAGACUUGAGUUCACUGGAAGAGCUGAGAAUCUCAAAUUUCUUGUACGUACCCCAGAAACCAGAUUGUGCGUGGUGCCUAAUACCAAUGAGGGUCACCCAUCUUUAUCUGCGACUGAAGCAAACACAAACAUGAACACAAACCAUGCCUUUCUUAAUACCGAUGAUGGCCACCCGUCCGUAUCUCUGUCUGAGGAAAGUAGAAGCACAAACAAUACUCUGAUCCUUGAAUUAAUUACACUUUUGGGCAAAUGGUCUCCUCCCAGGUACCUAUGGAGGGGCUUAUCGGUUUUUAUUCUAGCAGGACAGGUUAUUAUUAGGAUAUUAAAGGGAAAAGUCCACUGGAGGAACACUCUUCAACAACUAGAGAGGGUCGGUCCAAAAUCACUUGGGGUGUGUCUAUUAACUUCAGCUUUUGUAGGAAUGGCCUUCACAAUUCAGUUUGUUAGAGAAUUCACCAGGUUAGGCUUAAACAGAGCUGUGGGUGGGGUAUUAGGCCUAGCCUUCUCAAGGGAGCUGAGUCCUGUAGUGACAUCAAUAGUUGUUGCAGGCCGAAUAGGGAGUGCAUUUGCUGCUGAGUUGGGAACAAUGCAAGUUUCUGAACAAACAGAUACUUUAAGAGUCCUUGGGUCAGACCCAGUGGAUUAUCUGGUGACACCAAGGGUCAUUGCUUCUUGCAUCGCUUUACCCUUUUUGACCCUGAUGUGUUUCAUUUUAGGGAUGGCGUCAAGCGCUCUCCUUGCUGAUAGUGUUUAUGGGAUAAGCAUUAACAUUAUCUUGGAUUCUGCUCAGAGGGCUCUCAAACCGUGGGAUAUAGUUAGUGCGAUGAUCAAGUCACAGGUUUUUGGUGCAAUCAUAUCCGUUGUGAGCUGUGCUUGGGGAGUCACCACCUUGGGAGGUGCCAAGGGUGUUGGUGAAUCAACGACUUCGGCUGUAGUUCUCUCUCUUGUUGGUAUUUUCAUUGCCGAUUUUGCCCUUUCUUAUUGCUUCUUUCAGGGAGCUGGAGAUUCGCUGAAGAUGUGAAUAUGAUCUUCCAAAUUUCCUGUCAGUUAGAUUUCUCUGUUUAAAGUCCGUUGUUGUUAGAGAUCCUUACUGAGUGUUCCAAACCUGUGAGUGCAAUUGAUCUUAUUGAUUUAUGUAUCUCCUGUUCUUCUCUUAA